UCACUUUACCCUACUUAAAGUCCUCUCUCUCUCUCUCUCUCGCUCUCUCUCCUCUCUCUCUGGCUCUGCAACGUCGGUUAUUCGGAUCAACCUUGUAGGUAAAGAUGGAAAAUCAGGUUCAGUAUCACCAAUAUGAGUGCCUUCUUUUUGAUCUAGAUGACACCCUUUACCCUCUGAGUUCUGGAAUUUCAGUGCAAAUCACUGCGAAUAUUAAAGAAUAUAUGAUUCAAAAGCUUGGCAUUGACGAAAGUGAAGUUCCGGAAUUGUGUAUUUCUUUGUACAAGGAUUAUGGAACAACAAUGGCUGAUCUUAAGGCUAAGGGCUAUAACUUCGAUUGUGAUGACUUUCAUAGUUUUGUUCAUGGGAGGUUACCAUAUGAGUUGCUUCAUCCUGAUCCUGUUCUGAGGGGUCUUUUACUUAGUCUGCCUGUCCGGAAAGUUAUUUUCAAGAAUUCGGAUAAGGCACAUGCGGCUACUGUGCUCAAGAGGCUUGGAAUUGAGGACUGCUUUGAGUUGGUUAUAUGCUUUGAGACACUGAAUCACACCAACAAUGCUGAUGAUUCUGUUGGUGCAGGUGUAGCUGAACACAUUGAACAACCAAAUACUGGUGCGGUAAUACCAAAGACCCCAGUUGUCUCCAAACCAUUUGAACAGGCAUAUGAAGAAGCUUUUAAGAUAGCAAACAUCGACCCUCAAAGAACGUUAUUCUUCGACGAUAGCAUUCGGAAUUUACAAACUGCAAAGCAGUGUGGCCUCCACAUGGUAUUGGUUGGCACCUCUCACCGAACUAAAGGCGUGGACCAUGCACUUGAGAGCAUCCAUAAUAUGAAGGAAGCACUGCCAGAACUGUGGGAAACCAGCACUGUGGAGUCUGAAAAUGUCCGGAAUUCACGAGAGAUUGCAAUUGAGCAACUGGUAGUAGCUUAGCCUACCUGUAAGUCAUCUGAACGGUUGAUUACCAACACACAGCUUCUUUACGUUCUACCAUAUCAAGCAUAGAGAAGGAAAUAGCUUGUGGUGGAGCGCCGGAAACACCAAACGGCUGAUGAGUUGUCGAUAUUUUCAUGUAAUUUUUACCUUAAAAUUGUAGAAGUGUCUUAGAUGUGGUAAGCUUGAUAUAGCACUACUUAGCAUUGUUUUGUCUAAUGCAUGCUGGAAAGACCCUUCUUUAUAUUAUAAUAAGAUUAUAUUUACCAUGUU